AUGUCAGACGACGCUCCGUAUACCCGCCUCGCUUUGUUCGGCGCAACAGGCCAGAUUGGCGCAUCCAUCUUGCACGCUCUCCUCCUCUCCAGCUCCCCCGGCUACGAACCGCACAUCAAGGUCUUCCUGCGCGCCGAGUCGUACGCCAAUAAGGCACAGACGAUCCCUGAGCACCCGCGUGUCGAGAAAGUCAAGGCGGACUUUGGGAACGUCGAGGAACUGGCGGAAAAGCUGAAGGGCGUCGAGGCGGUUGUGUCGGCGCUGAACGGACCGGGAAUCGACGCGCAGUACAAGAUCCUCGAUGCAUGCGCCGAGGCAGGUGUCAAGCGCUUCCUGCCCAGCGAAUACGGGAGCGAACACCCAUGGCGCAAGCCUGGCGACGACUGGACGCACACGCAUCCUUAUUUCGACAUCAAGGCGCGCUUCAAGGAGUAUAUGUACCUCCACCCGGCAAUGGUGAGCGGGAGGAUGACCUACACGAUCGUCGGAGUGGGCGACCUUUACGAUCAACCAACGGAAAAAUACUGGAUUGCCUGGGCACAGCAGAAGCUGCCCGACACCUACGUCUUCCCCAUCAUCACCAACAUUCAGGACAUGGCGCAAUACAUCGCUGCCCUCCUCGCCCGACCCUCAUCAUCGAAGGACUCGCAUCUGAACUUUGUCUCGGACGUCGUCAGUCAGCAAGAGAUUGCCGACAUGCUCAAGGAGGUCACGGGCAAGGAGGUUAAGCCGGACUAUGUGACGGAGGAGCAGGCGCAUGGGUAUAUUGCGAACCCGGAGACGAUUCCUGAGCGGGCGAAGCAGUCGAGGUUUGCGGCGGAUUUCUGGUACAUCGUGCGGUUGCAGCAGGGAACGAACAAGUUCCGCCGACACCCCUCCCUCAUUCACAACAACCGCUUCCCGGAGAUCAAGACGACUCCGCUGCGGCAGUACUUGCAGCGGAUUGUGGAGCAGAAUAAAGCCGGCCAGUAG